UGUUCUGCCCUCUAUGUGUGGAGCAGCGCACCCACGCGAUAUACAGACUUUUCCUUCUUUCUCUCCGAAAUUAAUCUCUCCGAGUGCCUAUACAAAUUAAGUGUCGUUUUUCGAGUUUCUCCAUUUAUCAAUGGCGAGCUUAGUGAAGAGUAGCAACUGUUGAAUCCUGAAACAGUACUCUUAAGCACCUGAUCGCACCGGUUGACUUACCAGAUGAGGCGAAACGUUGCUUCAGGACACGCCUCAGCGGCAUUCUUUCAAGGUUUUCUCCAUCAGAUUUCUCUCUUAUUUCCAUGUUUCUGCAGCCUCCAGGGAUUUGAACAAAGCUACCCUAGGGCAACGAAAAUGUUCUGGACAAGUGAGGGCGUCGUCGACCUUGAGAGAGAGAGAGAAGUCGUUGCAAGAGGAUUAUGCGAAAAACUCAUCGACCUGCAAUCACUAAGGCUGGUUAGAUUAUAAGAGCUCGUGCUUCUUUAAUUAAAUUCAGGAUAUCGCAAAUUGUUUGAAUCAUGGAAAAUGAAAGUUCUGAUGAGAAAAUUGUUGUGGGUGGAAUAGAAAAAAACGGGGACUCUGGUGGGGACAAUGUGGUCAGGUCUCUUACUGCAGCAGAGCUGAAGAGAGAUACUACACCUGAUAAUCAAAAAGGUGAUCAAGAGGAACUACAGAGUAAAAAUGAGAGCUCUGAUAAGAAAAAUAUUGUCAGUGGGGACAAUGUGGUCAGUUCUCCUACUGCAGCAUACCUGAAGAGAGAUACACCUGAUAUUCAGAAAGAUGAUCAAGAGGAUUUACAGAGUGAAAUGAAAUCUAUAGACAUCAGUGAGGAACAUCCCAGUUUUGACAAUGUUGAAAGAGAAGAAAGCUCAAAUGAUCAGAUUGCUGAGACUAGAGGAUUUGAGAGUGAAGAUCAAGAACAAACCAACAGUGAUAGUGUCAAAAGAGAAAAAAACUUGAACGGUCAGAUGGUGGAGACUAAAAUACUGGAUUCUGAAGAUCCGGAAGAAACAAAUCCCCCUGCAGGGGAGAUUUUAGGUGAGGAGAAGGAGGUAGAACCCAUCUUUGAUGGAACUGAGAUUCCUGGGAUGGAAGCCAAUAGGAAUUUCUCUACCCGGUCUUCGGAUUUUGAAACAGAGGCGCAGGGAUCUGCUUGGCCUGACAAAGCUGCUGCACUUACGAACUUUGUUAAAGAAAAGGGUGUGGUUGCUGUCACCACCGUUCUUCGUCGCUUUUCUGGAAAAAAGGAUGAAGAUGGACAAAGCUUUCCUGAUGAGGAUUACUUGAACAGUGGCACUAAGGAGGAAGGAGAUUCUGCCCCUGAAAGUAAAACAAAAGUUCUCACCCCCAAAAGUCUGGACCGAUCUUUAUGGAAUCCUCUAAACUAUAUUAAGAUUGCUCGGGAUGCAGAUGCAGAAAACAAAACUGGGGAGGGGCAGGAUCAGCAUGUUAAUAUGAUGAAACCACUUCUACCGCUAGCAAUGAGGGGAAGAGUUUUAUUGUAUACAAGGCUUGGCUGUCAGGAAUCUAGACAGAUUAGGCUAUUUUUGAGGCAAAAAAGGGUGAGAUAUGCUGAGAUUAACAUUGAUGUCUACCCCAGUCGAAAGUUUGAGCUGGAGAGGAUUGCCGGGUCUGCGGCUGUUCCUAAGGUGUUCUUCAAUGAAAAUCUGAUUGGAGGUUUGAAUGAGCUUUUGCUCAUGGAAAAAUCGGGUAAACUGAAUGAAAAUAUCAAUGAACUGAUCACCAAAGAACCACCACAUUUGGCUCCUUUACCACCUCUUUCUGGAGAGGAUGAUGUCUCCAGCACUGGAAUGGUAGAUGAGUUGGCUGUCAUUGUUCGGAAAAUGAAGGAGUUUAUUGUGUUUAGGGACAGGUUUUAUAAGAUGCGCAGGUUCACCAAUUGUUUUCUUGGGUCUGAAGCUGUAGAUUUCUUAUCAGAAGAUCAGUACUUGGAAAGGCAAGAGGCUAUUGAAUUUGGACGGAAGCUUGCAAGCAAACUAUUCUUUCAGCAUGUUCUUGAAGAGAAUGUUUUUGAAGAUGGUAAUCAUUUGUAUCGGCUCCUGGAUCAUGAUCCCAUUGUAUCGUCUCAAUGCCACAACUUUCCAAGGGGCACAACUAUCGUUAAACCCAGGCCGAUAGUAGAAAUUGCAUCAAGGUUGCGAUUCUUGUCCUUUGCAAUCUUUGAAGCUUACACUACUGAAGAUGGAAAGCAUGUUGAUUACAGAAGUAUCCAUGGGAGUGAGGAGUUUGCAAGAUACUUGAGAACAGUUGAGGAGCUUCAGAGGGUGGAGUUGCAGGAUAUGCCAAGGGAGGAUAAACUUGCUUUUUUCAUAAAUCUCUACAAUAUGAUGGCCAUUCAUGCAAUCUUGGUAUGGGGUUAUCCUGUUGGAGCACUAGAGCGAAGAAGGAUGCUUGGGGACUUUAAGUAUGUUAUUGGUGGAUGUACCUACUCACUUUCUGCCAUCCAAAAUGGCAUCUUAAGGGGAAACCAACGACCCCCAUACAAUCUCAUUAAGCCCUUUGGUGUGAAAGACAAACGUAUGAAGGUAGCUCUUCCUUAUCCGGAACCUCUUGUUCAUUUCGCACUAGUAUGUGGUACCCGGUCUGGGCCAGCUCUUCGAUGCUACUCACCUGGGGAUAUUGAUAAGGAGCUGAUGGAGGCAGCCCGCAAUUUUUUAAGGAAUGGAGGUCUCAUUGUUGAUGGUGAGGCCAGGGUGGUAUCAGCCAAUAAGAUCUUUAGAUGGUAUCCUGGGGAUUUUGGAAAGAAUGAAGUGGAAGUGCUGAAGCAUGCAGCAAAUUACUUGGAGCCGGCAAAGUCAGAAGAGUUGCUUGAGUUGCUUGCAACCACUCAAUUGAAAGUCACAUAUCAACCCUAUGAUUGGGACUUGAAUUAUUAGCAUGCCUUGACUUACUGCUUUAGCUUAUGUAAAAGCCUAAAAUGAGGAGUUUUGAAACUGUCACCAUUUUUUUUUUUAAUGUGGUUACAGGUUAGGUCCUUUAUUCUCCCUCUUCAUCUAAUGACCGUCAGUGUUGAUCACUGUGGAAGAGGAGGCUGUAGUAGCAACAACUAAUGCCAAUUUUUUCGAGUGGGCAACAUUAUUAUGUUCAGUAAUCCUCCAUCAAAGAGAACUUAAAUUUACCAGUUUA